GCCUUUGUAUUCAUUUGUUUAUAAAUGGCGCCCGAAUCUCGGUUUCCUAUUGGCCAGGAAUUAGCGCAACCUUUAAGCACAACACAGUUUGAGCAACACGUGGUUGUUACUAAGAUGAGUUCGUUUAACGAGAAAUUAAAAUUAUUUUCUGUUGAAUUGUUCCGAAUAAAUGCCAUUAAGUUCGGUGAUUUUAAAACUAAAGUUGGGCUCCAAACCCCCGUCUAUGUCGAUUUGAGGGUAAUCGUGAGUUACCCUAAAUUACUGAACGACCUUGCCGAUUUAAUUCUCGAGUACCAGAAACAGUUACCCAAAUUUAACAUUAUUUGUGGGGUCCCUUACACCGCUUUACCGAUAGCCACCGUAGUUUCGGUAAAAAGUGAUAUUCCUAUGGUAAUGAGGAGGAAGGAAGCGAAAGAUUACGGAACGAAAAAACUGAUUGAAGGUCAAUUUAACGAAGGCGAUAAAUGUUUAAUUAUCGAGGAUGUCGUUACAUCCGGGAGCAGUAUUUUAGAAACAGUCCGAGAUUUAAAAAACUCAGGAAUUAAUUGCUCGGAUGCUAUUGUGUUACUGAAUAGGGAACAAGGGGGCGAGCAGUUGUUAGAAAAAAACGGUAUUAAAAUGCACGCUUUGCUCACCCUGACUCAACUGAUGGCCUUUCUGAAUGAAGCGAAUUGUGUCAACGACAGUACGGUUGAAAAAGUCCGCAUGUACUUAAACAGUACUCAAGUGGACCCCAGUGCCAUUAAAACGAACAAUAGGCUCAAAUUACCCUUCUCAGAGCGAGCCAAACUCGCCAAAAACGCUGUUUCGCAACAGUUGUUCAAAAUAAUGGCUUCCAAAAAAACAACAUUAUGCGUGGCCGCAGACGUGACUUCCUGCACCGUUUUGCUGAAUUUGGCCGAAGAGGUGGGCCCUCAUAUUUGCCUCCUCAAAACCCACAUUGACGUCCUUGAGGACUUCCACCCCAACAUCCUCAAACCCCUCCAAGAAAUCGCCGACCGGCACAACUUCCUCCUCUUUGAGGACCGAAAAUUCGCCGAUAUUGGCCAAACCGUGCAAUUGCAGUACAGUAAAGGCUUGUACCAGAUCUCCUCAUGGGCUAGUCUGGUAACCGCCCAUAGCUUAAUGGGCAAAGGUGUGCUUGAUGGGUUAAAACAAUCCCCGGGUUUGACAAACCGGGGAGUUUUCCUUUUGGCCCAAACAAGCGCGGCUGAAAGUCUCAUUGACCGGAGUUAUGUUGAUAAUACGGUUAAACUGGCGAGACAGUAUGGGGAUUUGGUGACUGGGGUCGUUUGCCAGAGUGUGCUAUUUGAGGACGAGCCGGGGCUGGUUCAGCUGACCCCGGGGGUACACUUGAAGUCAGUCGGGGAUAAUUUGAGCCAGCAGUACAACACACCAGAGGUUGUGGUCAUGGACAGGGGGGCUGACGUGGCCGUCGUGGGCCGUGGGGUGACCCAAGCCGCCAGUCCUGGAGACGAGGCCAGGAAAUAUAAGGAGGUUUUGUGGGCCGCUUACGAGAAAAGGAUCAACGUGUGAUUUGUUAUUGUUAAUAAAGCUGUAAUAUUGUAUUAUUGGUUGCAUACCCAUCAAAGUAGGUGUGCCAGCAAAUUGAAAAUCGCGCUACACAAACUGACCCGAACGUUCCCGAACAAAUUUUUAUUUCUUUCAUUUCAAAUGUAAAUAAAUUGAAUUUUUUAAUUGUG